UUCAGGAAUUUGAUCAGCAGCUGUUAAUGUGCGUAUUUGCAUGACUCUUUCUAGUAACUUUUAAUUCUUAAUUCAUAUUAUAAUUUAUUGUUAGAUUUAGUUUUUGUGUCAACUGAAUUAAAUCAAAGCUAUUAAAUUUCGAUCUAAUCGAACCCAACAAUAAUAAGAUAACCUCAACGACCAUAUUUCAACUAUAAACAUUGUUUUCUUUCUAAUUUGAGAUAUUAAGUUUAAGUACAUUUUAAGUCGCCUUCGUUUAAAUUUAAUCUAAUCGUAAUGUCAUCCCAUACACCAUCUAAAGUUCGAUCUCUUUAUAAAAUGUUACUUCGAGAAUCAACUAAAUUUCAUAAUUACAAUUUCAAAGAGUAUUCACUUAGAAAAGUGCGUCAUGAUUUUCGCAAAAAUAUAAAUUGCAACGAUCCAUCUCGAGUAUCCCAACUGAUUGGAGAAGCAGAGAGUAAUUUGCAAAUGUUACGAAGACAAGCGGUUAUCCAGAAUUUUUACAAAGCGGAACCUUUAGUGAUUGAUACUCGUAAAACAAAUAAGGAUAACGGACUCGAAAGCACGUUUUCAUCUUCUUAAUGAAUCUAUUCUAGCAGCCUCUUGAACAUUUUGUAUUAUGAUCCAGCCAGAUAAAGAUAUUAGUUUACCAUUUAUCUUAAUGUUCAAGUAAAAGUUGCAUUUAAUUUAAUACAUUGAUAUAAGUUCAAAAGUAUUUAUGUAAUUAAUCCGAUGGUGCAAUUUAAUUUGAUAACCAAACCAGAACUGUCCACGAUUAAGGGAAAACAAAAAGAUUUACGAGGCUUUUAUUAUACACACGUAAAUUGCCUGGAGGAACAAUUUGGAUUCCUUUUCUCGAUUUAAGCUUCACCAAAUCAAGCUCAUCAUCAAUGUUGGUAACCAUAAUCGUUGAUCGUCAUGAUAGGAGCAACAAAAAAAACAAAAUAAACGAAAGCUUAAGCAACAUUAAUCUCGAAUUCAUUAAAGGUUGACAGACCGUUUUUCGCAGUAAAACACACAAUUUAUUCUAAUAUGAAAGUUAACCUUGGAUCACUUUGGCUCAUCUUGACAGCUUCAAAUCAAUCAAAUUGCGCAUCAAAAGUGCAUCAAAUAACCAAGCUUGUAUAUUAAUUGUUACACGCAGAGUUGAUUUGUUUUCAAAAAUAUGCGCCUUCUGUAUAUUAAAGCUUACUUCCAGAUUAUCAUGAUACAGUGAAUAUAAUAAAAACCUAGAGAAAAGCUAUAUCUCAUAA